AUGUACAAGUAUGGAUCAAAUGGUGAAACUGAUGAUAUGUUGGAAUUUGAUGCUACUUUUGAUUCAACACAAGACUCCGCUUUAUUAGACCUUGACGAUGAUUUUUUGUGUGUCCCGGUUGGAAAGGAAGCCACAAAACUCUUUAUUUUUGAGAGUUUGGUUGCAAGAACAAUGGUUCCCAUAACCUACGCGUCUUGGCUAGAAGUUAGUGAAGAAGUAAGUGAAGGGUUAUGGCAAUAUGUUUUGAUGCAAGAAACUGGCAAGAUGGAAGAGGAGAUUGAUAGGACACUGUUGCGGAAAAAAGCAAGAGAGUUGAAGACAGGAGGAUACGAAUCAGAUGUCAAGAUUAUUGUUGAUAAAAUUGAUGAGCUGCAGAAAUCUAGAAGCUUUGGAGAGGUUACAUGUGGAACACAAAAUGUGCCUUCAGAAGCCUUGGGUACUCAGGAACAACGUGGGCAUGUACGAGGGAUGGGUAAAUUUAUAACUCCACAACAUUGCUUUUAUUUACCAAACAAUGUUAAGUAUUACUUGGACAUUGAGAACGAGAGGGUGGAUAAACGAAUCAACAAACUUGAAGAUGACUUGGAGAAACUAAAAAGAGGUGUACUUAAUGUUUCUGAAGCCGCAAGUUGCCAAGUAUGGGUCGUCAUUGAAAAUGUUGAAAAAGAACCACAGGAUGAAUCACUUGAAAAAGUGGUGGGGAAACCUGUGACACCAAUGAAGAAGCACGCAACACCAGUGAAGGAAGGUGCAACACCUUUAAAAUAA